UCUAAGUCUUCCCGCAGCCAUAUAAGUCAGGAACCCCCCCCCCCCCCUCCUCCUCCCCCGCGCACGAUCACGAAAAAAAGGAGAAUGCCAUCAGAUCCCACGUGUCGGCCUCACAAACCCUUCAAGGCAAUAAAACAUGCAGUAGUGAUUAUCUCCGCUCGGGAACGGUCAGUCGCGGCCAAUAGCGAGGCGAAACUAGUUGUUGUUGACAAGUCUCCACGGUGGGAACUCUAGUCCCCCUAACCCAAAAGCUGCCAACUCCCCAUACAACCCAUAAGCUAGAGUAAGAGCCCGCUCUCUUAUCCACAACCUGGAUCCACGAGAAGAAUGUCGACAUCGGAACGUCGCCCGGCCACGGCGGAUUUCCGGCGCAGGCGCACUCUGUGGCGACUGGCCGGUAGCCAGCCACAGACACACCCGACAAUAAUAGCCCUAACAGCUAGGAACACAACAGGCGAGGUGUCCGCGCCGACGCAGCCAACUGAUCCUGGCGCACCGGAGGAACUUAGGCCCCCCUCGUCAUCGUUCGAACAAGAACAGCAACAGACUAAGAAAGACGUCACUCGGUCGACACCAGAGGCUCGAAUCGCCCCGUACGAACAGCAACCGCCCCAACCCGAGGAGGUCCCGAGAGCUGACGGGUCCACCCUCCCCACGUUUCGGCUGGAGAAUCCUUCUCUGAGUCCUCUCGCGGAGACCUUCAGCAGGCGAGACUUCCCUGGGGAGAUGGUUGAUGACAUUGCCGCAGUGAGCAGGUCUCAGGACGAGACACCCGCAGGAGCGCCUUUAGCAAUUGUUAGGUGUCCGCAGGCCGGCGUCAACCCGAUACCCAAAGAUGCCGAAGCGGCGGGGUCUGACACGAUUGGGACGACAGACUCGAGGGCUCGGUCUGGCCGUAUGUGGAUUGGAUGGCUUUCUCGAGGCAGGCGAAGAUCGACCCCAGGAAACGGCCGUCUUCAACACGAUCGGUUCCAUGGGUGCCUCGGCCUGGUUCGAUGCUCGACUUUGCGGUAUUAUUUGAGGCACCUCUUACGAAGCGAGGAACGCCAAGGAAACGUAUGGCCACCCCCUUUCUUUUUUUAAUAAAAAAAACCUCCCUCCUGGACAAUAGAACAAGGCCCGAGACGAAGAGCCCAGAAAGCAGACGAAGCUGGCUUUAGAAAUGGCCAAAGAUGGCAGUACCUAUCGCCGGCUAUUCUGCCGGUACCUAAUCACAAAAGAAGUUCGCGGCCCAGGGGAGGAGGCAGAUCGUUGACGGGGUCGGAAAGGGGCGUAAACUACGUACCACGGUUUCCAAGGCCGGCGUAGGGGCCCUCCUGCGGCGGAAGAUCUGGUGGACUACGAGAAAACGCCAGACGGUGACUUCGAAAAAAAAGAGUUGCCGAAGAACUUCGAGCGGACCUACGGAUAGAGGGCUGGUUUCCUGUCCUCGAGGAACAGGUUAAUAUUGUUGUUCAGGAAGGCCGAACGAACCCGUCUCUCUUCUUUGCGUCACUCGAGUAUAAUAGGGCGA